CGAAGAAUCUAGAACAGAGCACGCAGCCCACAAGAAGAAAAAGGGUAGGCAAAUUCUUCUCGUCGAAAGCCGGGGAGAGAGACGUCGGUCGAUCUGGUGCAGAGAGGAGGCGAUCGCCGGAGAAGAAGAGCGGAGAUGUUUCUGGUGGACUGGUUCUACGGUGUGCUGGCGUCGCUGGGGCUGUGGCAGAAGGAUGCCAAGAUUCUCUUCCUCGGCCUCGACAACGCCGGCAAGACCACCCUCCUCCACAUGCUCAAGGACGAGAGGCUCGUGCAGCACCAGCCGACGCAGUACCCGACGUCGGAGGAGCUGAGCAUCGGCAAGAUCAGGUUCAAGGCCUUCGACCUCGGCGGCCACCAGAUCGCACGCCGCGUCUGGAAGGACUACUACGCGAAGGUUGAUGCUGUUAUUUACCUGGUGGAUGCUGUUGACAAGGAACGGUUUGCAGAGUCGAAAAAGGAGCUUGAUGCUCUUCUUGCAGAUGACUCCCUUGCGAAAGUUCCUUUCCUCGUACUUGGAAAUAAGAUUGACAUCCCCUACGCGGCUUCUGAGGAGGAGCUGCGGUACUACCUUGGACUGAGCAAUUUCACCACCGGAAAGGGCAAUGUGAACUUAGAUAAUUCCAACGUGCGGCCCCUGGAGAUCUUCAUGUGCAGCGUGGUCCGUAAGAUGGGCUACGGCGAAGGCUUCAAAUGGAUGUCUCAGUACAUCAAGUGACGUGCCUUCGUCUAUGCCCAUAGCGCUGCUCCUGCUGCUCUCAGAGGUGGUUGUAAUCAGGUCUGGUUCUUUGGAUAAACCGGCAGCUGUAUAAAAAAUGUUUAUAGUAGCUAGUGAUAGGGAAAGCCUAUAAGUUGAUGUUAAUCCUAUAUAUGUGACGGGGUCUAUUUUUUGUUUGUGGGUGACGCUUUCCAUACUUAAAAAUGGCUGGAAUCGCAUCUGAGGCAACAAGUGUUUCUGCUUAUUAUCUAA